UCUAGUCGCUCUGGUCGGCCACGCGCUGCCGCGCGGCGCCAGUUUCACCGCCUGGACCGUGCGGAGCUCUGCGCUCCCGGAGUCGCAGGGGACACGGGCCGGUGACCUCGGUAGGUUUUUCCGAGUUCCGGGCUCCUAGCUCUUGCCCUGGCCCCCGGCCCGCGCCCCAGCCGACCGCCCGCAUGGUGCUGCUGGCGGGGCCCGGGCCGGAGGGUGGCGGGGGGCGCUGCGUGUCUCCGCAGCCUCCGUCCCCACCUCGGGAAACGAAGGCCAGCGAAGACCCCACCAGCUAUGAGGAAUACGAGGACUUCUCGCAUGUGCCCGACACCCGCAGCAUCGCCUCGGACGACUCCUUCUACCCAACCCUAAGCGAGGAGGAGUACAGCGGCGGGAGUGCGGAGAGCAUCCCGGAGGGAGUCCCAGAGGGCUUCCCGGAGGCGGCUACUCUCCUGAGCGCCGCCUGCACCAACGACGUGGGGCUGCUGAAGGCGCUGGUGCGGCGGGGACCGCGCGUCGAGGAGGUGCAGGAGACCGAUCCUAAUGGCCGGACCGGCCUUAUUGUUGCCUGCUACCACGGCUUUGUGGAUACUGUGGUGGUCUUAGCAGAGUGUCCCCACAUUGACGUCAACUGGCAGGACAACGAGGGGAACACGGCCCUGAUCACAGCUGCCCAAGCAGGGCACGCCACCAUCACCAACUACUUGUUGAACUACUUCCCUGGUCUUGACCUUGAAAAGAGGAACGCAUUUGGGUUCACAGCCCUGAUGAAAGCUGCCAUGCAGGGCCGGACGGAGUGCAUCCGAGCCCUGAUGCUAGCAGGGGCAGAUGUCCACGCUAGGGACCCCCGCCGCGGGAUGUCGCCGCGGGAGUGGGCCAUGUACACGGGGCGGGUGGAGGCGGUGCACCUCAUCCAGAGGCUGCUGGAGCGACCCUUCCCGGAGCAGUUUGGGGAAAGCUACAAACCAGAGCUGCCGCUGCCCCUCGAGGGGCCUUCGAAGUCUGCAGACUCCAAAAACUGCUUGCAGAAGUUCACCAAGUUUGUGCGGUCCACGCUGACUCCCCGCUCACGCCAGGGCCUGGAGGAUGGAGGGGUCCUGGACCACAUGGUCAGGAUGACCACGAGUCUCUACAGUCCUGCUGUGGCCAUUGCCUGCCAGACCGUGUGCCCUGAGAACCCCCCCUGUGUGGGAAAAAGGCGGCUAGCAGUGCAGGAAAUCCUGGGGGCUCCUGGGGCCCUGGACACAUACACCCAGGAGAGGGACAAAGCGGAGGCCACCGGGGAGCCAAUCCGGACCUCCCACUCUGGGGGCGUCUCCAGAGAGGGGGCCCAGAGAGCCAGCCCCCGGUCUCUGCAGCAGCCAGGUGCCCCACGGAAGGCCAGUCUCCUGCCCCUACAUCUGCCGAGGAGGAACAGCAUGCGGUCGGGCAUGGUCAUCCCCAGGGUGCGCAUCACCAAGGCGCCUGCGCCCACCUUCCAGCCCGAGCGGGUGCCCGUGAAGGGCAGCACCAAGGACAGCUCCCACCUGCAGCUCCCCAAGUGGAGGUACAAGGAGGCCAAAGAGGAAAGGAGGAAGGCGGAAGAAGCGGAGAAGCAGCGGGUGGCGGCAGCAGAGAAGGAGCGGAGGGUGGCGCCCUGGAGGAAAAGGACGUGAGGGGAGCUGGGUCUGGAUGCUGUGCUACCCGGAGCCCCAAGAGGGGGCCGAGGGGGCUGAGGGGGCCGUGGGGAGGCUGCGUGGCUCAGCACCAGCAAGGGUGCACCUCCCGCCCACCCUCGCUGCUCAGGGCCCUCCGGGACAGUAUCCUCUGCGAGGCCAGAGAGCUGUCCGUUUGUUCAGGCUGCAUCCGAGAGUGAGGUGGGCAUAGCAAAAAUCGCUUUGCCUAAAACCAGUUCCCCUAGCAAUCAGUACACCUAGUGGGCAGUUUGCCUAAGAGUCUACAUUUAGAACCUCAAGAAAAAAAUUUUAAAAGCAAUUUAUCAAAGGGCAUUUUCUGUAUAAUUUUGUAUUUUAAAUCGUGAUAAAAUUUGCAACAUUUUACCGAUGGUGGGACUGUUCGUAUUUAAGACAGUUUUAAUGCAUUUUUCUGAAGAGCGUUUGUUUAAAAUACUGUUUCUAGCAAUAAUCAUUUGUGAUAUCACUAUGAUUUCAUACAGAACUUGUGGUGUUCUCCCCCAUUUUGCUCUUUGUUUUCGACCUUGCCUUUUCUGUUCAUUCUGGGUGCACAUAGCCCUGUCAGUUCUUGUUAAUUUCAUUACGUGACACCAAAUAUUUGUUGGUGGAGGCAUUUUUACAGCAAAAUGAUCUAGUGAGACAGGAAUCAGAUUGCCUUGUAUCUUAUUUUUCGAGCUCUUAUUUAUACACUAAUAAUAAUGAAGAAAAACCUAUUGCCAAAGCAUGAAAUGGUGCAUAGAGAAACGUAUUUAUUGCUAGAACUAAGCUCAUUUUAAGCAAGGGAUUUUAGAUAAGCUGGAUACUAAAUCUUUACCAUAUUCAAAAACAGAUAAAAGAGGAAAACCUUCUUAACAAAACAGGGGCAAAUCUAAUAAAUUAUUACUAGAAAUACAAAAUCAAGUCAUGUGCUCUUUGAUAAAUUGAAUUCAGAUGUUCUUAAAAUAUGAAACAAUGCAAAAAGAAGAAGGGACCCAGAGUGAAAACUACUGAGUUGGGGGGCAGUACCUUCUAGAGGAACAGGGAUGAGAGCUGACUCUGAGCAGACUUGAUUUAGGCGAACUCUCCUUGAGUGGGCUGGGUGGCUCGCCACUCCAGACGCAGUUCCAAAGAUUUCCCGGUGCGAACUUUCCUUUUUCCUUUGGUAACUGUCCCGAGGCUCAGUUAUUCCUCACGCUGACUUUGUAGGGUUUCCAGGCUGUGGGGACUUGGGCAGAGCACGGAUAGGAUUUGCCCCCGGCCCCAAGCUCUCGGUGGGAGCUUCCUGUCCACACUUUUUUUUUUCCCCUAAAUCUAUAAAGCACUGAAAAAUUCUACUGGCCAUGUAGGUUGUAGAGAAUGUCACAUAUGCACUACUGACAGCACUUUAUUUAAAUAGUAUCCUGCUGAGAAGCUCUAGAUUUAAAGUAUUACUGGUGGAUUUAGAAGGCCUUUAUAAUAUUCCUGGAUUCGCAGGUCAAACUGUGCUCCCUGCUACUUUGGGGCCAAUGCCCAGCUGUCUCGUGCUGUGAGUGGGAGUGGUACUGGCCUCUCUCUGUCCCUUCCCAAUCAGCACCAUCAGGCAAUGAGCCAUCAGGGAUCUCAUACUUACCUCCCCCAAACCCUCAAUAUUGCACAGUGCACCUGAACUGAUGGGGAAUAGUUGUAGUGAUAAUUCAGCUUUUAAAUCCAGAUUGUAGUGAGUUCUCCCUCAUCCCAGAAAGGCACGAGAAGAAUGGCUCAGAGGUCUGGACCCCCUUAAGCAUCACUGGUAGUAGUUGGCUGCAGGUGACCCUGGUGGCCAAUAGUUGGAUUGGCCAAGUCCCCUUGGAUGAGAUGAGGGCUGGUUCUCAAGGUGAAAGCAUCUGCAGUCUCCCUGCUGGUCCUAUCUGGCGUUUUGUUUAAGACCACUUUUUUGUGUUUAUGUAUUUUUGUUGCUUUGAAUGGCUGGCUGCCUUGUCUCUCUCAGGGUCAUUCCCUGCCCCUGCCCUCCAGCGUCAGGGGCAGGGGCGCUGAUGGGCCCCCUCAGAUUUUCAUGUCUUUGUGGCUUUGUCACAUUUUUUUUCUUUGCCACCCACUCUGCCUCCUCUUUGUUGCCUCACUUGUCUUUUCUUCCUCUGCCCAUUCUCCUCAGAUUUGGCUAAGUGCCUAGCUCAUCCCUAGCCCCACUACUCUGAGGUCUAAAUAGGCCAGAAAAGCAAGGCCGUAAUGAGAGGCACAUGGCGUCCCUGUUAAAUAAUCAUGUCGUGACCUCCAAACACCCAACAGUAAAUGAGGAGCAGAUUCUCCAGCGUCUGUGCACUUGCUUUAGAAUUUAGUCCCCACCCUGUUCUAGGCAGGGAGUCCUAGGUUUCUCUCCCGACAGAUGACGACACUCCCUACCCCAUGUACAGAGAGCAGAGUAUGGUGUCUGCAUGUACUCUGAUGUUGAUUAACUAUAAAUAGUAAAUUUCAAGUUGACAGGUACCUUCUCAGGGAUUUAUACAUAAACGUAGUUAGGAGCAAAGUUGAAGUAUAUUUUAAUAUUUUUUAGUGUUUGUGUGAAUUAGAAUUAAACUAGACAAAAGAAAUGUCUCUGGCCUCACCAGUGCUGCUGUCACUGAGGGUGACAUUCGGGGACCGCCCUCAGUUGAGGCUUCCUGGUUCUUGGACACCAGCGACCCUGGCAGCUGAAAUGGCUCUGGGGUGGAUGCAGAGUCACUCCAGUGCCUCUCAGUUGCCUCUUGUGGGUGGGAACCCUUGUAUUUAUUUUUAAAAAGUUCACCCCCUCUGGGACUAGUGGUCUUUGUGAUCACACAGGUGGGCUAUUCGCUGCUUAUACCGCCCUCCCAUCUGAUACUGGAGUGUGUGGUGAAAUAAAUGACUGUUUUCUACUUGCUCGUGCGGAUCAAGUGUGCCACGGCCAGACCAGGACCGAGCUCAGCGCCGGGAAGGAGGAGGCGAGGACUGGGAGAGCCCGUCUGGAGUGACGUGGGUGUCCUGUCUUGAGCUACGCUAGGGAAAUGCAGCACGUGACAGUAUGGACUUCUGCUUUUCUGACACUCCUCCCAACAGGCUGCGUGAGCCACCUCAGGAACACGAAGAUGGGAAACCGCAAUCAUUCUGCCUAAGAGGAUAGAUUUCAUGAUGUCAGGCGGAAAAUGGGACUCGUGGGAAGUCCUGUGGGAAGGGUGCAGAAGGACCCUUCCAGGCUGCCCCUGUCCACUUCCUCCUGCUGUCAUGAGUGACCAGGUCUCUGGAAGUCCAGUAUGAGUGGAGACAAGGCCCUUAUCUGUGAAACUGAAUCCCAUGAGGUGGGGCCCGACCCUAGUCCUCCGGUGGAUGUGAAGCCUGCUGUCCCCAGGGAAGAAGCAUGGGCACCAAGUUAUGAAGAAAAGCAUCCCUGAGAGGUGAAUAAAUGAGCCAAGACUAAUAAGGAGCUAUGAUUUGUCUCUUGCAGCCUCUGGCAGGAGCACUGUAUUUCCCCCCUGUCCACACUACAUGAAGAGAGAAGACCAUCUUUUCAUAAUUUUGCUAAGUUUGCUCUGUGAAAUGAGUUACAGCCCUGCUGUUAGGUGUUAUUUUUUCCUCUGGGUUCACCUGGAGAUUCACGCUUGCUCAUUUUUCCAUUCUAUUACAAUAUGGUUGUUGCUGACAGAAUUAAGAUUUAUUACAAACUAUUGGAAGCGCCAAGUCACAACCAGUCCUUUAGGUGAUAAAAUGCUAGCACUUUUUCUUGUUUACAAUAUUGGGCAAGUGCUCGGGACCCUUUCUGUUCCGUGGCGGGGAGCUAGCUGUUCGGUGCUAGAUUCUGCACCGAAACCCUCAGGGCCUGUUCCCCUGGGCCCGGACCUCGGUUUUCCCCGCAGCUGGCUUGACUUAGCCGUCACAUUGGGCAGCUGCUGGGAGGGCCAGGGUCUUCUGGGGAAAGAAAGGAUGACGGUGGAGCACAAUCACUCCUUAUUAACCAACAAAGUCACAUUUGUGACAACGACUGGAGUUGGAUAGAACAUCAUCACAGCCAAGCUGCUGCUGGCCACAAGGCUCUAUCAACGAGAACGGUUCUUCCUGAAACGCACCCUGAUGCACCUAGAACUUGUUUUGGGCUCCUGUGCGUGACUCUUGAGCCAGCUGCUCCCGUCUGUGCCCUUGAAUUCACAUUCCUUCAUUAACAUUUAAAACAAGUGGCUAAAGAUCUACCUCUGGAGGAUUUUUGAAAGAAGUAGAAAGCCUGACCACUACCUGGAUUGGCUAACUGACUUUUGAGUGGCUCAGGUGAAUGCCGAGCUGCAACUCCCUGGCUCUGUCCCAGUCCGAAGUAAGACUUGUGUGAAAGGCGUGGCCCCUGCAGCUUCCUGACAGCCCUCAGCGGCGAGCUGUGUCAGAGUGGACAGUGCGUGGUGAGGGGUCAGUGUGCACGCACGCACCCACACAAGACCUGAAACGAGACCUGACUUUCUGCUCACAAAGGUGACUGCUGCUGUGGCUUCACUGUGGCCCCCAGGGAAUGUCAGGUGUGACCUGCUAGGGUGGUGUGUAUUCAGGAGGACUGCAAGCCCAAGGCCACUGUGAGGGCUCUGGCCAAUGUGACGCGACACAGCAUGCCAUAAUGCAGGUCUCUUAUUUGAGAGGUGGUGUUUGUCCAGGUGACUAAUACUGGAGCUUUUUGGUGAGGUCCUCUCACCAGGUCUGGGUCUCUCUGCCCUUGAGAUACAUCCUUGACAUGGAGAGGCCCCAGGCGGGAGAGGACUCUGCCUGGAGAGCCCUGCUAGGCAUUCAGCCGUGGCCAAUGGGUGGGGACCGACUGCUCUGAAGACUGGCACCAGGUUAACCAUAGAAACCACCCUUAAGAAGUGCUAAGAUUUCCCCAAGUCUGCCUGAGUGUUAGAUACUCUAGUCAAAGGUAAUAACAUUGUUUGAGUUUGGGGAGACAUUGUUUCAUCACCACGUGACCCCUUUCUAUUGUUUUUAAGGACAAUGUAGAAGGGAAACCAAACUGGAACCGCCCUCCCAGGUGGAGCCUGGCAGGUGUUGACCUGCUGUUGGUCAAGUUCUGGGGAGUCACGUGGAAGCACUUUAACAGCAGGGGGAGCAGAAGUUCUGGAAGCUGGUUUGGAGCUGCACGGCUCUGUUAAGUUUGAUGAAAACCAUACAAGGAAGCUGUAUACCCAUAAAUGCUCCCAGCAGCCCCUUGAAGCUUUGGAACAUCCUAAGGAAUUUGAAUAAUACACCCCAUUCAAGUAAACAGGAAAAGCUAAUCCCAUUAAAAUUCUCUUCACUCACAUCAUCCUGCCUGGUGUUGUCUGGUGUCCGAGGGUGUGUGUGCAGACUUCUGCUCGGGGCGCCUGGUUUCCAGGGGUGUUUGAUCUUGAUAUAAGCUCUGUUUUCUGAGUGCAAAGUGAUUUUCAUUGUCAUUUCUGAAAAUCUGGCAGGUUUCUGGAAAUUGUAAAAACAUUUAGUCCAGAUACAAUUCUGUAAAUAUCGUAGUGCUUUAUUUUGAAGGGAGAGUUUUUUGUUAGUUUCUAAAAGGUAUUUUCCUAUUUAGACCUCAGGGCUAUUUUGGGGCCAACAAAUCAAGGUGACCCCGAUGGCUUCAGUUUUUGAUAUCCAAAAGCUUAAUAAUUUUAAGUUAAAUAUGAUAUAUUAUUCAGCAGAAAAAAGUCUUUUUUUAACUUCUAACGAAUUCUGUACUUAAUGUUUAGAAAGUAUAGAGAAAAAGACAUGAUCAUAUAAACAUAUGGGGAAAUUGUGGCCACAAAGUUAAAAAUCAUUUGUGAAAUAAACAUUCUCAUGCUACAAUAAUGUGAUAUGUUAUUCAAAUAAUAUUUUAUUCAGAUAAGCCUAAGUAUGUAUAAAUUAGAAAAUGAAAGAAUGAAAAAACCAAUCUUUUUAAUGUCACUUAUUUUGAUUCAAAUAAAUGUGCACUUUCUUCUGA